CAUUCCUCCUCUCCUAAGUGUGAAGAUACAGCAGAGUUCUGCACACUGUUGGCAUUUGCUUUCCAAUAAAAGCCACACUCCCUCCUGCCUCCCUCCCAAGUAGAGCACAUGUUCCAGUAGUACUACAGAGGAGGACCUAGGAGGGGGAGGAGGAGUGGGAGGAGGAGGAAGAGGAGGAGUUGUUCUCUAGAUGAAAGAGAGCCCCUUUGCGGGGCUGUAGCCUCUCCUUGCCACCUGGGAUGGGCACGGCUUCACAUGCCCCCAGUGAAUUGUUUUAACAGCCAUCUGCUUCUGAGCAUUGUUCAGCCUGGCAGGAUCCUCAGAACUAGGAGGUAAACAGAAUCCUGUGAAGCCCACUUCUGGAGGUGUAGAACCCCUGGGCUCCUCUGACCCCAAGCCUCCUGCUCCCUGCCGCUGGCAACCUGCACUUUGAGCUUUACCUAGUUGCUUUUGUGUGGACGGAGGCUUCCCAUCUAUCACAGCCAUGAACUUCCUCCGGAGGCGUCUGUCCGACAGCAGCUUUGUAGCCAACCUGCCCAAUGGCUACAUGCCGGACCUGCAGCGCCCAGAGAGCUCCAGUAGCUCCCCAGCAUCCCCGGCCACAGAGAGGAGGCACCCCCAGCCCCUGGCUGCCUCUUUCUCUUCUCCAGGAUCCAGCCUGUUCAGCUCCUUCUCCAGUGCCAUGAAACAGACCCCACAGGCCCCCUCGGGGCUAAUGGAACCACCAACUCCUGUCACCCCCGUGGUUCAGAGACCCAGGAUCUUGUUGGUGAUCGAUGAUGCCCACACAGACUGGUCCAAGUAUUUCCAUGGGAAGAAAGUGAAUGGCGACAUUGAGAUCCGAGUGGAGCAGGCUGAGUUCUCCGAGCUGAACCUGGCUGCUUAUGUUACCGGAGGCUGCAUGGUAGACAUGCAAGUUGUGAGAAAUGGCACCAAAAUUGUGAGGUCCUUCAAACCGGACUUUAUCCUGGUCCGACAGCAUGCCUACAGCAUGGCCCUGGCUGAGGACUACCGCAGCCUGGUCAUCGGCCUUCAGUAUGGAGGGCUUCCUGCUGUCAACUCUCUCUACUCCGUGUACAACUUCUGCAGCAAGCCCUGGGUGUUCUCUCAGCUCAUUAAGAUCUUCCAUUCUUUGGGUCCUGAGAAGUUUCCACUCGUGGAGCAAACAUUUUUCCCCAACCACAAGCCAAUGCUCACAGCCCCGCAUUUUCCCGUGGUGAUCAAGCUGGGACAUGCCCAUGCUGGCAUGGGAAAGAUCAAAGUAGAAAACCAGCAUGACUACCAGGACAUCACCAGUGUGGUGGCCAUGGCCAAAACCUAUGCCACCACCGAAGCCUUUAUCGACUCCAAGUAUGACAUUCGCAUCCAGAAGAUUGGAUCCAACUACAAGGCAUACAUGAGAACCUCCAUCUCUGGAAACUGGAAGGCCAACACAGGCUCUGCCAUGCUGGAGCAGGUGGCCAUGACAGAGAGGUACAGGCUAUGGGUGGACAGCUGCUCCGAAAUGUUCGGUGGCCUAGACAUAUGUGCUGUCAAGGCUGUCCACAGCAAGGAUGGCAGAGAUUAUAUCAUCGAGGUCAUGGAUAGUUCAAUGCCCCUGAUCGGAGAGCAUGUAGAAGAGGACAAGCAGUUAAUGGCCGACCUUGUUGUCUCCAAGAUGAGCCAACUCCUGGUGCCAGGCAGCAUGGUGCCCUCACCCCUGAGACCUUGGGGUCCACAAACUAAACUUGCAAAAUCUCCUGGGCAAGGCCAGCUGGGUCCUCAGCUAGGACAGCCGCAGCCAAGGCCACCCCCACAAGGCGGCUCUCGUCAAGCUCAGUCUCCUCAGCCUCCCAGAUCUAGAAGUCCAUCCCAGCAGAGGCUUUCCCCACAGGGCCAACAGCCUGUGAGCCCCCAGUCAGGCUCUCCACAGCAGCAAAGGUCCCCAGGUUCUCCACAGCUAUCCCGGGCAUCUGGUGGCAGUUCUCCAAACCAGGCCUCCAAGCCAAGUGCCAGCCUCGGCUCACAUCCCCGGCCGCCUGUGCAGGGCCGCAGCACCUCCCAGCAGGGUGAAGAGCCCCAAAAGUCAGCACCGCCUCACCCCCACCUCAACAAAUCUCAGUCUCUGACGAACAGCCUCAGCACAUCAGAUGCCUCCCAUCGAGGGACCCCAAGUGAAGAUGAGGCCAAGGCCGAGACCAUCCGCAACCUGAGGAAGUCCUUUGCCAGCCUCUUCUCUGACUAGCCCCACCUAAGCUGGAGGGCAGGAAGACUCGGUGACUGGAGACUUUCUCUGGUUCCCUCCUUCUCAGCCUUGGUUCCUGGUGGAAACACGCUUCCUAGAUGCCUCUGACCCAGGAACUGAUGAUCUAUAUGCAUUCCCACCUCCUUGACCAUGACAUUCCAAUGCCGUCUGAAUGAGCUGUAGCCUUGAGAGCCCCUGGGUUCCUCAACACGGGCCUUCCAGACAGACAAGGCAUCACUACACCCACCAUAUGCUUGCUCCCCUGCCACUGGUACCAAGUGAGAUGUCUAUGUGGCUCGAUUUUUGCAUUCUUAUUAGUGUUUUGCUUGCCUUUGGGCAGAGGUCCUCUUUGAGGCCUUGACUCUCCUCCAUCAAAUGCAGACAUUGUAGUCGGACCUCAGCAACGUAAGAGGCAAUACUUUUUAAUGGUGUUUUUGCAAACAGAAAUAGGGAAGCCCCGCCCAGGAGCCUACUACAUACCUAAAGCAAGCUAGUGCCAUCUUUGCUGGGAGCAGGCUGACCAAGGCCCCAUCUCAGCUGGCCCUCCCAGAAAGAAGCUAGACUCUCUGCAACAAGUGGGGCCUUUCAGGACAGAACAGAGGGAACCCCACACAGUGCUACCCAUGCUUAGAGCCAACAGCAAGAAUCCAGAGAUAGCCUGUGCCCCCUGUGGAGAGGGUCACAGGAUUGGGCCUCUCUGACCUCACACAGAAUCUGUUCUUCUUCCUCCUUAAGGCUAGAUGGGAAACCAGAGAGAGUGGAUAGCUCCCUGCCACAGGAUCACAAGACAUGGUGAUGGAGUCUAUAUGGUUCGGCAUUUUACCUGCUCUGAACAAGGUGUCAAUAGGCCACUCAGUUUCCCAAAGGUCUCCUGGUGAGACAGCCUUCAGAAACAGUACGUGUUUCUCUUUAGGAGACACAGAAUACAGAACACACAUUGAACUUUGAAAUUUCUUCCAGAAAAAGUUCCACUCCCACCUUGUUUUAGUCAUUAUGACGAAGAUAGCUUGCCGCAGAGCUAGGCAAAGUGGUCCUGACUCCCCCUCCAGUGCUCCUUUGCUCCUUCCCUGACACCAGACUUCCUCCCGGAUCACAUCACCAAGCACCUGGUGCUAGAAACGCUGUAGGUGCCAGAACAGUGUCCUGGUCCCAAGACGACCCAGAACAUCAGAACACAGCCAUGCUAUCUGUACAGCCCUGCUGGCCACCUGCGGUAUGGCUUCCUUGCUCAGUGUGAGGAGGGAAGUGACUAACUACACAGCUUCUGCUUCUGCUCGAGUUCUGCAGAUUGCUUAGUGAUCAUCCGAGGCAUUUCCAAGUCUCCAGGAGUAUAGAAGCAGUCACUGUAGUUUCUGGGGGAGUUUUCUGCUUGUUUUCUUGAAACAGACUCAUUCAGCAACUCAGGCUGGUCUAAAACUCAUGUAGCCCACGCAAGUCUCAAACUCAUGGUGAUUCUCCCUCUUUAUCAGCCUCCCAAGAGCUGAGACUGCAGGAAUGAACUGCCACACCCGGCGGGUCAUCAUCCUCCCAGCCCAGACUGGAGUGGCAGAGACAAGGGUAGAGACCCUCUCCUGCCUUGGCUCACUUAGAACCCUGCAUUUCUGCAGAAUGCACCUUCAAGCUGGUUUCCAGCAGGGAUCAGCUCAGCAUCCAAAGUGGCAGCUUUGGCCAUGGCUAUAGAGAUCCAUUUGGCCCUGGGGUCACCCUCUUCCUUCUUGCCUUUUCCCUCCCUCAUGAUCAAGUCAAUAUGGAGAGCAAGCGCACCGGAAUUAUUUGAAAAGCCCUCUUUGGCCUCUCUUUCCAUAUCUUUGGCUUGGAGGAAUAAACAGCAGCUCUAAGUCUACGUUGUGCAGGUCGAGUGACCACUGAGGCCAUAAUUUGGAGCUGUAGACCACAGGGUUUUGGCAUAGUUGGAACUGACUACUCAAGAGCAAAUAUGCUGUGGUGUGAUGUGCGGAGUGAACUUCUGAAGGCCUGGUACCCCUCCCAGUACCAACAAAGCCCAACCUUUUUUAUUCCUAAGUUCCAAUGAGUUCAGUGAGUACAGGACAGUCCCCGAGGCACAUCUUCCUCAUUUUGCCCAACUGCUCUUCUACCACAGAAUGAGACUGGCAAAUACUUCCAGAAUGCUCCUUGAGGACAAUAGGGAUGACCCAGAAUGUGGUAAGACACAUGGCCAAGGGUCAGUACAUUCUCCUGCCCCCACCCUCCCCGGUGAGGGAGAGGAGGUCUUAAGGCCAGCAUCCCCAAGCAAUGCUUUAGGUAGGUUAUCCAAAGGAAGAAAAAAGGUCAGUCUGAGUUCGCAGAAUGUUGCUUCUUCCUCCUGCUCCUCCUACUCUGACUUAGCUCUUGCACCUUUCUCUAGAACCUCUGAAGAAAAAUAGGUGGAGCAGAAGGAAGGAUUCGGCGGGGAGGGUAAGAUUUGAAAUGUCAAAGAUAGUUUGUGAAAGUGAAUUCUACAGAAGAAGAUGUGGGUGUUGGCUUUCUGAUUAUCUACCAGAAGAUGUGAGUCCCUUUUUCAGGUCCCCCAGCACCUUCCUCCCUUCUCCUCCUCACCCCCUCUCUAUUUCACACACACACACACACACACACACACACACACACACAAUAUGCCUGGCUAAUGACCAGAAUGAACACAUUAAAAUGUAACAUCUCGCCGGGCAUGGGGGUGCACCCUUUAAUCCCAGCACUUGGGAGGCAGAGGAAGGCAGAGGAAGGCAGAUCUCUGAGUUUGAGGCCAGCC